UUCCGUGAAUAGGUCGUGUUUAUUCCCAAAUGUGGGUGUGGUUUUUUCCAAAUUUUGGGGAGGUUUAUCCCAGAUAUGGGUGGGGUUUAUUCCCAGGUGUGGUUGUCCUUUAUUCUGAGGGACAUGCGAAAGUGCGGAUUUGUAUUUUUCUGGCGGCUGGUGAUUUGAAAAUGGAAAGUGCCCGUGUUUGUCCUGUGCUGUUCGUGUAGCCUGGGGUUGCUGUUCAGUUUCUCUGUGGCUCCUGGUCCGGGCACAUCCCUUGCUGCUGGCUCACUCUGAGUCAGUGUGGCUGAACUCCGGGAGAGUCCGGUUCAUCUGUCCCGGGCCCGCUCCCUCUCUCCCUUUGCAUCUCUUCUCAAGUUGUUUUUCAAACUGUAUAGAGGCUUCACCUCCCACUUCUCUAAAACUGUUCCAGUUCUUGUUUCCUCCGUCUCCCAUGUUUUAAAAAAUGACACGAUAACCUUUUGUAUUCUGUUCUUAUUCCACACCUCCCCCUUUUCUCCUCCCUUUCAUUUUCAUUUUCUCUCCUCUCUGUCCUUUUCUUCAUUUCUCUCCCUCCCCUUUGAUUUUGUUUUUCCCCUCUCAUCUCUUUCUCCCGGAUUUCCUGGUUGUUUUAUGCCCGGUGUCUGUCUCUACGUUGCCUGUGUGUGUGUGUGUGUCUCUCUCCGGACUCGCUAUGGCCGCGACCAAAGCCUUGCAGCAAUGGUGUAAGAAACACUGUGAGGGCUAUCGGAACGUGGAGAUUACCAACAUGACGACCUCGUGGCGGGACGGGCUCGCUUUCUGUGCGAUCCUGCACCACUUCAGACCCGAUCUCAUAGAUUUUGAUUCUCUUAAGAAAGAAAAUGUCUAUGAGAAUAAUAAAUUGGCAUUCCAGGUGGCAGAGGAGCAACUGGGAAUCCCAGCGUUGCUGGAUGCAGAGGACAUGGUGGCACUGAGAGUCCCAGACAGACUGAGUAUCCUGACCUAUGUCUCGCAGUAUUACAACUAUUUCACAGGCCGAUCACCAAUUGGUGGUAUGGCUCACAUCAAGAGACCUGCUUCUGAUUCAGCUGAGGAACCUGUGCGGAAGAAGUCAACUCCUGAGACCCAACGUAAAGUGCCCAAGAAGGCAGUGACUCCCACUGCUGUGCCAACCUCUCGGGUUGCACCAACGAACAAAGUUCCUGCUGCUGAUGCUGGUGACAGAUCCAAUAAAUCAGGGACAUUGUCCAGUAGCUGUGCCAUCUGCAAAAAAAACGUUCUGUUGGUUCAGCGGUACUUAGUAGAUGGGAAACUCUAUCACAGGAACUGUUUCAGGUGCAAGCAGUGCUCCAAUACCCUCAUGGCUGGUGCAUACAAGACUGGGCCGAUACCCGGGACUUUCAUCUGCACCAACCACCAAGCCAAUGUUGGUGAGAACAAAAACAACAGCAGCAGCAGCAGCAGCUUUGGUAGCUCCAAGUUACAGAAGCCCAGCCCCAAAGCAGACGAGUCAGUGCCAACAGUCCACAAGCCGGUGGUGGGCCAUGUGACCAGCCCCACUGCAGUGACAAACACCCCCAGGCAGGCAGAGGUCUCGUCAACAGCUUUCAAACCAGGGGGCACUCACACGGAGAGAAUGCAAGCUGCAAGGCAAAAGUUCAUGAGUUCGGGGACACCUGAAAAGCCGCCUUUGUCUGGAGAUUUGGGAUCUCCAGCGAGCGCACUGCGUACUCCCGAUUCUGCGCGAGGGCAGUAUGGUGGUGCAGAAACGAUAACACAGAGGCCUUGGUCACCUGGGAACCAGCAGGGCACCAACGUGUUGAAGAGUCCGACUGCAACCACCAAGUCCAGUUCUGACACGGACAAAGACAAGGCACGCUUGGUCCUGCAGAAGAAUUUGCCCUUUGACAAGAAUAACAACCUAAACCAAGGUGUCGCCUCGUCUUCCCGGUUUCACAUGGACAAGCCUUCAGGAACACAGCCCAUGAAUCACCAGACCACCAAGACUAUAACUCUGAACGUAAGUGACCAGAAAAAUAUCCAGCCAGGAACCAGGCAAUCUACGUCACCAGAGCAAAGGGGCGAGCCCAGCAAUCCACAGGACAAAGCCCCCAAAUGGAGACCGGCAUCUGCUUUGGAACUACCAUCCCGUCCUGUGCUCACAAAAGGUGUUGCCAGCCCUGAGGCUGUGCUCAGUCCUUCAACUGGAAGUUCCUCACGAGGCACAUUAAACCGGGCUGCCAGCAUGAAUGAAGCGACGGGUCGUGGAUCAACUUUGACCCAGCAGACAACCAGUAAAGGGAAUUUUUCCUACAGUCCGCAAAUCAUUACUCGGCAAGAGGCAGAAGACUCUCCCUCUGACUGGAGGUCAAAAUUGAAGCCAGUCCAAAAGCAUCACAGCUUUGGAUCCACAGACAUCAAACAAAUGCACAGUUCAUCCAUUAACGUGGAUAUUAAAAAGCCAAGUGCAUUUGGCAACACAGGAAACACUCCCUCUACACCCAAGACAGCUGCAGGCAGCAAUUGGACUCCAAGUUCACCCAGCACAGGCGAAAGGAAACAGAUAGCGGUUACAUUCUCUCUCCAUAAUCCCAGCAACACAACAGUCUCCACCUCUCCUGUUUCCCCCGCUAAAGGGGUCUCUGGGACAGAAGCCAAAACGUUCCACUCCACACAGCAGAAGAGGGUGCUCAAACCAGCCGCAGAACUGUUGGCAGGAGUAAAGGAUGGCAUCCAGUCUCCAAUAGACAAGAGCCCUGCCGCAGUGUCCCCCUUUGAGAAGGACACAAGGAGGCCACAGGGUUUUGGGAGUAGCCAUCAACCUGUAUUAGACCAGGUCACGGAGGAAUCACCAGGGAGACAGAGCUGGGUCCAAGGCAAAUCAGCCACUGAGACAGAAAAGUCAGCAAGAGCAAAAUUCUUUGAAAGCAACUACAUUCCAGAAGAUCCCAAGAAAAUCCAAGGUCAUGGUGACUCUCCCACUAGCCCUGAGAAGAGCCCCUCCAGUCAGCGGAUAUCGGAAGAGGAUAUUCGGAAUGAACUGCAGGAUAUCGGGAAGAAGCUGGACGCACUGGAACAGAAGGGGGUGGAGCUGGAACCUCAGCUUCGGAGCUGUGAGGGAGAUGAAAACGAGGACGAGUUGAUGGUGGAGUGGUUCAAACUAAUCCAUGAGAAGCAGUUACUGAUGAGACGGGAAUCAGAGCUCGUUUAUAUAUCAAAGCAACAGAAUCUGGAGGACCAUCAGGGUCAGAUCCUGGAGGAGUUACGAGUGUUGAUGGAAAAAGCAGAAGACAGUAAAACCGAGCGAGAUCGACUUCGUGAAAAGGAGCUGUUGGAAGAGCUACUAAGAACAGUGGAGGGCAGGAAUGAAAUCAUUGAUGGAUUGGAUGAAGACAGAGUGAGAGAAAUGGAAGAAGACCAGAUGAUGGAAGCCAUGAUUAAAAGGAUGGACAUGAACAAGGACACAGAACAAGACUUGAAGAAGAGGAACAAAUUCAAUCUACUUAAGUUUCUGAAGGGACUUGCAGCCAAACCAAAGGGAAAAUAACCAUGUGCUGGUAUCUUCAGAAAUGGCCAUGUACUCUAGGCAGUGACUUUUCUCAGUGCCAAGCUGCUACUGACUUGUAAUCAAAGGCAACUCUCUCAAAUGCUUAUGUGGCAUUAACCUUGUUCUCUGAAUAAAGGAAGCUCUUUGUGCUGGACUUGUGCAGCAGGAUGUUUCCUGUUACUAUGGAACUCUGUGGCAAAAAAAAACAACCAGCAGUAACAAAAUCCCCUACUUUGCUAAUGUGCUUGGAAAGAUGAGGAGUGAACCAGCGUUGGGUGGGUGUCGUCCUCCUCUAAGCUCCAAGGGUUUGGACAUAACCUUUACUUUAUAAAGGGAGAUGCGGUCAUGUCAUUGGAUGGUGUCUACAACAACAAAGAUUUUCAAUUAUAUAGCAUCUGCCACACAGCAGAGCUUUCUGACAGUGCUUUUCAGGAACAUUGCCAGGCAAAAGUUGACACUGAGCCAAGUAUGGAAUAGCCUUGGCAAGUGACCAGAAAUGUUGGUCAAAGUAAUAGGUUUUGAGGAUGAGCCAGAGGUGGGGAGAUUUAGAAAGUGAAUUCCAGAGUUUAGAAUCUAGGCAGUGGCAGUCAUGACCAUGUUGAGUUGGAGGAGGGCAGUGUUAAUGUUCAGACACCUCAAUAUCUUGUCUCAAUCCAAAGAAUUGACGGGGAAAGCCCAAGAGCAUUAUAUUUGUAAGAAUGAAUGGAUAUGAUGCUCAGUAAUCUACCUAAAUGAUUGGGAUCUAUGCUUCCUUGGUUAAAGUCUUUUUGCAAUAUUUUAUGCUAACUUACUCUACUCCAAAGCAUCUGUAGUAGUAUGUACUCUCACCAGUCAAAUGGGCAGACUUGAGAUGCACUCCAUGACUUCUUUCAAUGUUAAUCUAUAAUUGCCAGAUAGGUAUUGAUGUUCAUUCAUUAUAUCAUUCAUUGUCCCCCAAUACCUGUACAGUCCUUCUCUCUCCCUCCACCCUUUUGGAUCAGUUUAAUUUCCGUUCUGAGUGUUACCAUUGAUUAGGUUGUGCUCUGAGCAGCCUUUGCCCUGUUUUUCUGUUCAUGGGAAAGCUGAUUAGGGGAAGUGGACAGUGUCUGUUUGUUGUGAGGGAUGGGAAGGUUCAUUGGACGAUCAAAGCACUGAGCAACAGCUCUGCAUCACAGUCGGGACUAUUUGCAAAAUUCAUCUUCAAAAACACUGCUUGAGGUAAUGGGUUGCGGUCUCCUCAGACUUCAAUCUUUGCAAUUUUACACCAGUUGGGUGCAUAUUUGGGAGAAAAAAGGGAGAAGAUUUUGGAUUCAAUUGGUAAAAUAUUUGGGGUGAAUUGUGUCCUUCAUUUUGUGGAAUUUCAUUAAUACUUUUCAGCUUUCUUUAUGUUGCAUUGUUUCCUAUACCAUUUCAUCAUGUUGUACUGUUCUGUAAGGCAAGUUCUGUUGAGAAAGAAAGACUUGGAUUUGCACACUGUCUUUCACAAUCUCUGGAAGUCCCAAAGGGUUUUACAACCAUUGAAGAAUGUUUUGAGGUUUACUCAUCUUUUUUAAUGUGGGAAAUUCAGCAAAUUUCCAUGAACGGCAAUUAAAUAAAUAACAGACAAUCUGUUUUAGUGAUGUUGGUUGAGGAACAAGGAUUGGACAGAGCCACACUGCUGCAGUUUUGGAACAGUGCCAUGAGAUCUUUGAUAUCAAAGGACAAAGAGGGCUUUUGUUUAAUAUCUCAUCUGAAAGACUACAUCUCUGUUAGCCUCUACUAUUGGACAAAGUGUUGGCACCAAGCUAUAGGAGAUAAGAGGACAGGCAGCCACAAGUUUUGCCAGAAAGACAGGUUUUGAGCAACAUUCUGAAAGGAGAAAAGAGAGGCAGAAGGGCUUCAGGAGGGACUUCCCAGCUUAGAUGGCGAUAGACACAAACUGCAAUGAUGGACAAAGAAAGUGGUUUCAGAUGAAGGAACACUGAAAAACAAGUGUAGGGCUGAGAAAAAUUACAGAGAUGAGGAGAGGCAAGGCUUGGAAGGACUUAAACUUUUGCAAACUUGCAGUUACUUACCCCCUGUUGUGGUCCAGAACUGAAGACAUUUGGUAUAGGUAGUGGGUCACUGGGUAGAAUGGAGGGGGGAGAAUGGAGUUGUGAAGUAGAGUAACUAGGAGUAAUAGAAAGCUACCUCGAGAGAGCAUUGGUGUUUGUAACUGAGAUAUGAAUUUUCCUAAUGGAGCAGUACAAAUAUGAUAGAUGAUAUGGUUUAAUCAAGUUCCAAUGGUACUACCUUUGAGAUUUGACCAGUGUUAUGGUAGCUAAUUCUUACCCAUCACAGACUAGGUACUAAUGUCAAAUUACUAAGAAAUUGUGGCAUAUUAAAUAUGAUAGACUUCAGUAUCAGGGUGAGGGGAAAUAAAGCAUGUGUUUCAUAAGUAUACACUGCUGGAAAUAAAAAUAAUUUCAAAUCUGUGACAUAAUUUU